UAUUCCGUGCUUCGAGCGCCCCGUUGGCUUAACCAAGCUGUUGUGUUUGUUGUUGGGUCAGUUUUAUGGACGAAAACGAAGUUUAAUUUUUCUAUAAAAUGUCGGAUUCAGAAGUGAGCAAUCUUUCGGAUAACGAGAGCGAACGAGGUGGUGGUGGCAGCGAAAGUGAUCAAGAAGAAAAUCGUUCGGUAAAAUCUGCAGCUGGCAGCGAUGCUGGCAGCGUUGGCGAAAGAUCCCGCAGCGUUUCUCGCAGUAGAAGUCCCUCAAGAUCGCGAUCCAGGAGUAUAUCCAGAUCGAGAUCACGUUCGAGAUCAGGGUCUGGCUCUGAGGAUGGCAGGGGAGAUGAAGCAGAGGAAGCAAGAUCAGGAGAUGAAGAGCUUGUGGAAGCAGAAGAAGAGCCAGAUGGAGAAGAUUUGGAUGGAAGUAGCGAAUAUGAUGAGGAAGAAGAGGAGGAAGACGAUGACAGACCUCGUAAGAGGAAGAAAAAGGAGAAAUAUCGUGACUUCAUUAUUGAAGAAGCUGAGGUAGAUGACGAAGUUGAGGAUGAAGAUGAAUGGGAAGAGGGUGCCCAGGAAAUUGGUAUUGUUGGAAAUGAAGUGGACGAAUUGGGUCCAACUGCUAGAGAAAUUGAAGGCAGACGUAGAGGCACCAACCUUUGGGACUCGCAGAAAGAAGAUGAAAUAGAAGAAUACUUGAGAAAGAAGUAUGCUGAUGAGUCAGUAGCGAGUCGACAUUUUGGAGAUGGUGGUGAAGAAAUGAGUGACGAAAUCACUCAACAAACAUUGUUGCCAGGUGUGAAAGACCCAAAUCUGUGGAUGGUUAAAUGUCGUAUUGGAGAGGAGAAAGCUACAGUACUUUUGUUAAUGAGGAAAUUCAUAACGUACCAAUUUUCAAAUGAACCUCUCCAAAUAAAGUCUGUGGUUGCACCAGAAGGAGUAAAGGGCUACAUUUAUAUAGAGGCCUACAAACAGCCACAUGUAAAAGCUGCUAUAGAAAAUGUAGGCAAUUUGAGGAUGGGUAUCUGGAAGCAACAAAUGGUACCGAUUAAAGAAAUGACUGAUGUUCUGCGCGUCGUUAAAGAACAAACUGGUCUGAAAGCAAAACAGUGGGUCAGACUGAAGAGAGGAAUUUAUAAAGAUGACAUAGCUCAGGUUGAUUACGUUGAUUUGGCUCAGAAUCAGGUUCACUUAAAAUUGUUACCCAGAAUUGACUAUACUAGACCACGUGGAGCUUUGAGAACCGCACAAAGUGAGUCUGAAGCCUUGAAACGUAAAAAGAAACGAAGACCACCGGCGAAACCGUUUGACCCGGAAGCGAUUCGCGCAAUUGGAGGAGAAGUUACUAGCGAUGGUGAUUUCUUGAUUUUUGAAGGAAAUAGAUAUAGCAGGAAAGGAUUUUUGUACAAAAACUUCACGACAAGUGCAAUCAUCGCCGAGGGUGUAAAACCAACCCUAUCCGAAUUAGAGAGAUUUGAAGAGGCUCCUGAGGGUGUUGAGUUAGACAUAACUGGGGGUCCAGGAACCGGCGGAGCUGGUAACAAAGAAGACAUGGCGGUGACUCAUUCCUUCAGUACAGGGGACAACGUGGAAGUGUGCGAGGGUGAAUUGAUAAAUUUGCAAGGAAAGAUUGUAUCUAUAGACGGAAACAUGAUAAUGGUGAUGCCAAAACACGAAGAGUUGAAAGAGGCGUUAGAAUUUCAAGCGUCAGAGUUGCGAAAAUAUUUCACAAUGGGCGAUCACGUUAAGGUGGUAGCAGGACGAUACGAAGGCGACACCGGCUUAAUAGUUCGAGUAGAACAAAAUCGAGUAGUUUUAUUUUCUGACUUGUCGAUGCACGAGCUUGAAGUUCUGCCAAGAGAUUUGCAGCUUUGUUCCGAUAUGGCAACGGGUGUGGAUAGUUUAGGUCAGUUCCAGUGGGGCGAUUUGGUUCAGUUAGACGCGCAAACAGUGGGCGUGAUUGUUCGUCUGGAACGGGAGAAUUUCCACGUACUGUCCAUGCACGGGAAGGUGAUCGAGGCCAGACCUCAAGGACUCACCAAACGGCGCGAGAACAGAAACGCAGUAGCGUUAGAUUCUCAACAAAAUACUAUACAAAAGAAAGACAUCGUCAAGGUCGUUGAUGGACCUCAUGCCGGAAGAGGCGGUGAAAUCAAACAUUUGUACAGGAGCUUCGCAUUCUUGCACUCGCGAAUGUUCGUUGACAACGGUGGAAUAUUCGUUUGCAAAACAAGACAUUUGCAGCUUUCCGGUGGAAAUAAAUCCAAUAUAUCGUCCAUGUCACCAGUGGCAGGAUUUAUGUCACCAAGAAUCACGUCUCCAAUGCAUCCCAGCGGUGGUGGUUUUGGAAGAGGCGGUGGUGGAAGAGGCAGGGGACGCGGAGGUGGAGUUCGACGCGACAGGGAACUGAUAGGAACCACCAUCAAAAUAACAGGUGGACCGUACAAAGGAAACGUUGGAAUCGUGAAAGACGCUACGGAAACAACUGCCAGAGUAGAAUUGCAUUCUACCUGUCAGACCAUCUCCGUCGACAGAUCUCACAUCGCGAACGUUGGCGUGCCAACGAAGGAUGGUGGCUUCAGCAGCUACAACAGGACACCCGCGUACGGCGUGGGUGGACAGACACCCAUGUACGCCAGAGAUGGAUCCAAAACACCUAUGCAUGGCUCUCAAACACCUAUGUACGAAAAUGGUUCUCGUACCCCUCAUUAUGGUUCAAUGACGCCAUCCCACGAUGGAUCCCGCACACCAGGACAGUCGGGAGCCUGGGAUCCAGCAGUCACAAACACCCCCGCAAGAACAAACGACUUCGAUGGUUACAGCAUGGAAGAAGGUGGAUCCCCCGGUUACGCGCCAGGUUAUCCUCCCACCGGUGGACCAUUCACGCCACAAACACCCGGUACCAUGUACGGUUCAGAACAGAGUUUUAGUUCAUAUCAACCGAGUCCUAGUCCAGCAGGUAGCGCUACCGCGAGUCCUAGUCCAGCAGGGUACGUCGCUACUCCUUCGCCAAGUGGUACCGGAUACACCACCAGUCCUCACGGAGCCUUUGCUACGCCUUCACCGAUGGGUUACAGUCCGAUGACUCCUGGAGUUGCAGGCAGUCCAUAUAAUCCACAAACACCAGGUGCAGGUCUCGACACUGGCGUUGGCGCUGGGAUCGUGGGAGGAACCGAGUGGCACACUACCGAUAUCGAGGUCCGGAUACGUGACUCUCACCAGGAUCCUGCUCUUGCUGGCCAACAAGGUGUUAUCCGGGGAAUAUCCGGUGGCAUGUGUGCCGUGUUCCUGCCAGUGGAGGACAGGGUCGUCAACCUGGUUUGCGAAGAACUGGAACCAGUCGUCCCAUCGCGUGGAGAUAGGGUCAAGGUAAUCAUCGGAGAGGACAGAGAGGCCGUCGGCACGUUGCUGUCCAUAGACAAUCAAGAAGGCGUGGUUAAGCUGAACAAGGACGAAGUGAAGAUGUUGCACUUGCGAUUCUUAUGUAAAAUGAAAGCGUCGAACGCGUAAUUCCAUUCCGAAGCUACCUUUGGUACUUGAAAAUGAAUUCACUAUGGCGAUAUGAGAGGAUAAUGCGGAUGACAAUUGAUAGAAAAGCAUCGUUAGCACCAGAAGUUUCCGGCUGUACCCCUUGUCAUGUUCUGGAAGUAGCACAAUAAUUAUGUAAAAUAAGUACACUUUAUUAUUGUAAAGAUGUUAUUGUUUUUCUCAUGACACAGACAACUUCAACUUUUUCUGAAUGCGUUACAAAACGAGAAGUUCUGUUUUGUAUGGAGAAUGUUCCGUUAGAUAUUUUACAAUGUAAAGUUUGAUGUAAACAUUGUAAGAGUUAAAAAGAAAUGAUACGAUAAUUCGA